AUUGGCGGCGGAACUGAGGAACGCUGUCACCCGAGAGUGGGCGGACACAGACCGGAGGCCGGACACUGUGGGCCAGGAAGGACCGCCCCUUCCGGUGUCCCGGUUGCGUUCGCCGCUUGGGCUCAUGGCUGCUCUGGGUCGGCAGGUUUGUGACUGGCACCGUCUAACGGGCCUCUCCUGGGCCUGUUUGUCUAGGCAGACUUCUCAUCUCAGAGAACGGAAAAGGAUGAGUCCUGCCUUGUUCUGCAAACUGACCACAGUACCCAGUGGAGAGAGCCUUCGAGAGUCGUCCUGUGUUAGACCCCAAAAGUAUGUGCUGGCACCAGAGCACAGGACACAUCUUGUUCAGUGUCUUCAUGAGGAUCGGGGGACGAGUGUGGAGCCCAAGUCCUUGGAGUUUGAAAAGGUCACCAGUUCCCUCCAGGACAUGGGUUUCGAUGAAGCCCAUGUUAACAGUUUGCUCAGCCUACAGCCAAGUGUCCAUCCUCAACAGUUGCUGGACAUAAUUUCAGAAUUUCUACUCUUAGGGUUGCACCCAGAACCUGUAUUUGUGGCCGUGACGAAAAGUCCACAGUUACUGAAACUGUCCACGAUGCAGAUGAAGAGGCGUUCCAGUUACCUGCGGAAGCUUGGGCUUGGAGAAGGCAAACUAAAGAGAGUGCUUCAUGGUUGCCCUGAGGUUUUUACCAUGCGUCAGCGGGACAUUGACAAUGUGGUGAAGGUCCUCAAGGAGAAGUGUUUAUUCACAGUACAGCAAAUCACCGAACUUUUGCACAGGUGCCCGGGUGUUUUUCAGGAGGACCCCAGCGAACUAGAAUACAAAUUCCAGUAUGCAUAUUUUCGGAUGGGACUUAAGCAUCUGGACAUAGUCAGGAGUGAUUUCUUCCAGUAUUCAGUAACCAAGAUCAAGCAGAGGCACAUGUACUUGGAGCGCCUUGGACGGUACCAAACCCCUGAUAAGAAGGGGCAGACACAGAUCCCUAACCCUUUACUAAAGGACAUUCUCAGAGUUUCUGAAGAGGAGUUUUUGGCCAGGACAGCGUGUUCCUCUGCUGAGGAGUUUGGAGUUUUUAAAAAGCUCCUGGAUCGAGAAGAGGAGGAAUCCAAGAGCCAUGCAUCAGAAGGAGGAGAAGGAGAAGAGGAGGAGGAGGAGGAGGAGGAGGAGGAGGAGGAGGAGGAGCUGCUGUGAUGGAGGACUGGGAUGAAAAGGGCCCAGAGAUGCCAGACAUCGUUCUGAUUCUCAAAGCUUUGGGGAGAUCACCUGGAUCUUCUCAAGCAUCUUUAAUACUAACUCUUGUUUUUUGAUGAAAAAAAAAAGUUGUGAUCCAUCAGAGAUGUAGGUUCAUCAAACCAAAUAGAGAAUGCUGUAUGGUCCGUUGGGUUCCUUGGGAGGCCUACUGAAUACUAAAUAAAUAAAGGACUGAGCAGUUAAAAUCCA